AUGGCGGCGCCGCGGGAGCCGGGCGGGGAGGCGGCGUUCGCGCGGCGCAUCGACCCGGCGCGGGAGCCGGGGCUCAGCCCCGAGCAGCGCCUUCUCAUGGCGCAGGUGGAGCGCGCCCAGCGCCAGCGCGCUCUGCAGCGGCGGCUCCGCGGCCGCAACGUGCUGCUGGCGCUCGGCAUCGGCGCGGUGACGUUUGGCAUCUACGGGUACACCUUCUACUCGGUGUCGCAGGAGCGGUUCCUGGACGAGCUGGAGCAGGAGGCAGAGGCGGCGCGGGCGCGGGCCCAGGCGCGGGCCGAGAGCGCAGCGAGCUGAGCACGGAGGGCCCGGCCCAGCCCCGGUAAACCCCGUGAGUGAGCUGCAGCCCCCACGGGGCAGGACGGGCCUCGAGCUCAGGGGAAUCGCCUGGCCCUGAGCACGGGGCAGCCGCCUUUGCAGGGGUCUGGGCCUGCACAGUGCUCGGUGCAGUCCAGGGAAAUGCACUGGGCUUCCUCCCCUGCAGGCAGGGUUUCCUCCCCUGCAGGCAGCCACCUUUCUCCUGGAGAGCAGACAGGGUCUUUGCCAGGGACUUGCUCCUGGGAAGGGCAGCGGUGCCCAGGAGCCCAUCGCUUUCCACAAUAAAUACCCUGUCUGGA